AUGGGCAGGAAAUCAAAAACUGGCAGGGGAGAGCAAAAAGGGCAAGGCACGGUCGCAAAUGGUGGGAAGCAAAUUGUACCGCAAUCAGCAGAUGCGAAGAAAACACGGAACAUCAAUGUACUUCAAGGAAUCGCACCACUAGAAUUGUCACAAGCAGGUAUAGAUCACACACCAAUUCGUCGUAAUUUGAUCAGUAGAGAUGAGAAUUGUCUGGCGCAAAGUAGUGGGAAAAGCUCUUGGGCAGAUAUGGUAGAAGAAGAGGUGGCGGAGGAAGCAGGGUUGGGAAAAUCACAAAAUUCUAUGAAUUCAUGGAGUAAAGUAAUAGGGCCAAUACCUACGACUGAGGGAUUCGACUUAUGCAGGGAGGAAGUGAUUGGUCAAAAUGUCAAAAUUACAAUUGAUGAUAUUAAGGAUGAAGUUGAGUAUUGUAGUUCAGCAGUGAUUUGCUAUGUGUUGGGAUCUAACCCUCCAUUGUCAGUAAUGGAUGGGUAUUUUCGGAUAAUUUGGGGAAACAUGGGAAUUGACAAAGUGACACUCGUCAACAAAGGGGUGUUCCUUGUGCGAUUUCAGACUGAAGAAAGUGAGAUCAAAACUGUCGAAGAAGGAGUCCAGGACAUUGGCAUGAAGAAGGAGACCAUUAAUAGAAUUCCUAUAUGGAUUAAGCUCAUGGGAUUGGAUAUCAAGUAUUGGGGAAAGAGUUCUCUCACAAAAAUUGCAGGCAUGGCGGGAAAGCCAUUGAAAGCAAAUAGAGCUACAACACAAAAGGAGCAACUUACCUUUGCUAGAAUACUUAUUGAGAUGUCGAUUAACCAGCAAUAUCCAUCAAGAAUCAUGUUUGAAAAUGAAUAUGAAAAAAUUAUAGAGCAAUGA